AUGGGCCUCCUGGUCUGGCUCGGCCUCCGUCGCAGCAGUCAGUGGGAGAGCCUGACAGUCCUUGACCACCUCGUCGAGUCACCCCUGACAUUCUUCACCAUCAACUUCUACCAUCUAGUUUUAUUUCUGAGGGGUACACCUUUCCGACCACCACGGCACAAGGCGUCCAUACGCAUAGUAUGCAUCUCUGACACUCACGACAACAUCGUGGAGGUGCCGCCUGGUGAUAUCCUCAUCCAUGCCGGAGAUCUCACCAAUGCCGGCACCGCAGCCGAUAUCCAAAAACAGCUUGACUGGCUGAAAUCACUUCCUCAUGCUGUCAAAGUUGUUGUUGCUGGCAACCACGACAGCUACUUUGACAUACGGAGCCGGUGUGACGAUGAUCGUCGACGGGGUGCAAGGCUCAACCUCGAUGGCAUCACUUAUCUUCAAGGUGAAAUUUCAGUACAUGAGAUUAGAGGAAGGGAGAUUUCCAUCUUUGGCGCGCCAGAUGUUCCUGAGUGUGGCCCCAAAAACUUUGCCUUCCAAUAUUCACCUACCCGGUCACCAUGGCUAAGCAAAGUGCCUCCCCAGACGGAUAUUCUAGUGACUCACACCCCACCGAAACACCAUCUUGACCUUGAUCUAGGCUGUCCCCAUCUAUUACGAGAAGUAUGGCGGGUCAAGCCUCGACUACAUGUAUUUGGACACUGUCACUGCGCGUAUGGAAAAGAAUCCAUCUACUUUGACGACGUUCAAUAUGCGUAUGAGCGUCUCCUUUCGCGUCCGAGACGCGGCUUCUUUUGGGAUAUUAUCCCGAAUCAAUCCUGGGUCGACAUGUUCGAAAUCGUCUUCCGUGGCAUCCACAGCGUCCUUUGGAAAUGGCUCAUGAGUGGCCCCGGAAGCAACCAAGGCAGCUUGAUGGUGAACGCUGCUCAAAUGUACAAAAAUUCAGGAAAGACAGUCAACCGGGCUGUUGUUGUAGAUGUAUAG